CAUGAGCGCCCCUUCUGCCGCCCCAAUCUUCGCGCCCGGCGAGAACUGCAGCCCCGCGUGGGGCGCGGCGCCCGCGGCCUACGACGCGACGGACACGCACCUGCAGAUCCUGGGCAAGCCGGUGAUGGAGCGCUGGGAGACGCCGUACAUGCACGCCCUGGCAGCUGCCGCCACCUCCAGAGGCGGCCGGGUCCUGGAGGUGGGCUUCGGCAUGGCCAUCGCCGCCUCCAGAAUCCAAGAGGCGCCCAUCGACGAGCACUGGAUCAUCGAAUGCAACGACGGCGUCUUCCAGCGGCUCCAGAACUGGGCCCUGCGGCAGCCCCACAAGGUCAUCCCCUUGAAAGGCCUGUGGGAGGACGUGGCACCCACUCUGCCAGAUGGUCACUUUGAUGGGAUCCUGUAUGACACGUACCCGCUGUCUGAGGACACGUGGCACACUCACCAGUUCAACUUCAUUAAGGGCCAUGCCUUUCGCCUGCUGAAGCCAGGGGGUGUCCUCACCUACUGCAACCUCACAUCCUGGGGGGAGCUGAUGAAGGCCAAGUACUCUGACAUCACCGUCAUGUUCGAGGAGACGCAGGUGCCUGCGCUGAUGGAGGCAGGCUUCCGGCGGGAGAACAUAAGCACGGAGGUGAUGGAGCUGAUUCCGCCUACCGACUGCCGCUACUACGCCUUCCCGCAGAUGAUCACCCCCAUGGUGACCAGGCACUGAGCCACC